UUUCCAAAGUUCUUCUGUCUGCUGCCAUCCUAGUUCACAUUUCAUCGAGACAUGGAGGAAGACAACCGGAAGAGAGCCAAACUGCGCAAAUCCAUACAGCUCUUCCUCUCAAGAAAGCUCAAGAAGAUCCCUCCAAUACACAUCCCCAGCUCAACCAUCCCGGCCAAGAUCACCAGCAGCCGCCUCCUCUCCACCUGCAGGUUCCCCAGAACCCCGUCGUUGCACGGCGGCGGCGGCGGCGGCGGUGGCCACAACACCACCGACGACGACGACGACGACAGCAACAGCAGAGACCAGGCCGCGACGCUCUCCGACGUCGACCGCUUCCUCUUCGACAACUUCCGGUCCCUCUACAUCCACGACGGCGACAACAACGCGCGCCGCCCAUCGUCUCCAGGGAAGCUCACGUCCAUCGUCGACAGGACGCAGCCAGCAGCAGCAGCCGCAGAGACAUCGACGUCAAGGUCAGAUUCGGUUGCAGAUGACAUCAGAGAAAGCUCAGGGGAUGAGAACAGUAGCAGCACGGCCAUCGUGCUGUUCUCCAUGAAUCCUUACACAGACUUCCGGAGAUCCAUGCAGAGCAUGAUAGAGCUGCACCAUGGCGAGGAGACUCUGCCAUUGGACUGGGACUUUUUGGAGGAGCUGCUCUUCUACUACCUGCAGCUCAAUGAUCAAAGCGUGCACAAGUACAUUCUCAAGGCCUUUGCAGAUCUCACCGCUGGAGCACAUGUCAGCCGCCCAGCCCGUGGAAAAACGCAACGGACUGAUAAGAGUGUCAGGAGUAGGAAAGGCUAUUAG